CUCGAACGGCGAGUGGUUCGUGUAUCGUUUUGUCCCGUCCUGUACGUGUGCUCCUCACGCCGCGGUCGGAAAUUUCUCCGUUCCCUCUCAUUUUUUUUGUUUUCCAUUAUUGUUGUAUUGCGUGUGCAACGUAAGAACGACGUGGACGAAGGUCCCGCGCGAUCGUCGUCUCGUUUUCAUCCGCGACUUUUUUUCUUACGCGCCACGGAUCUUAGCGGCCCGUCGCGGGAGAUCGCGUAACAAUAAACCCGAGGAGAACGAGCGGCGAAGUGUCGGUUGUAUAUUGCCGGACGCGUCGCGUCGAGUGACGCGCACAAGCGCCUGCGCGCGCGCGCGCGUUUGCAAACGCAAAGUGGUGUUCUCUUCCAGUGUUACGUUUUAUUGUGCCAAAUAUCGGUUUCUUUCUUCUUUCUCUCUCAUACAUACAUAACGCACACACACGCGUAUACACACAUAUACACACACAUACAUACACUCUCUCUCUCACUUUCCCGUGUGAGCUUCCUUCGAGGACCUCUUCGUAGAGAGACGGGCGACAAGCACUGUCGCCUGAACGUACUGUGAGUGCAUCUUUGCUUUGAGAGAGAGAGAGAGAGAGAGAGAGAGAGAGAAAGAGAGAGGAGAGCUCUGUUCUUCCUCUUCGGGGACUUGUGUAGCGAACGGUCGUUUGACAGCGGGGGAUAUUCGGUGUGACUCGGCGCACGCUCACCGACCGAUCGACUCUGCUUUCUUGGAGUAACGAUCGGCGAGGCGAUGAUGAGGCUUCAAAGUUACCGCUGAUUCAUAGGACAUCCUGCAGGGCUAUUCGUUUCCAGGAUGAGCGCGUCGCUGCGGAUUUUGGCUCUGAUCAGCUUAGUCGCGCGAAAUGUGGCUUGGCCGCAGGAUCCCAUUCCUAGACUGCACGUCAAACACCGUUUACUUAGUAAAGAAACAGGUGAGGUGAUUGGGCAGCGAUUUCUUGGCAAUGAGAGCCACGUCGAGCACUUCAAGCUCCUGGAGCGCGCGACAACCUCAAUCCUCAUUGGUGCCAGGAACGCCAUUUACAACAUAAGUCUGCAUGACUUAACGGAGAUCGUCGACCAGAGAUUGCAGUGGUCCAGCACGGAGGCGCAUUUCCAGCUUUGCUACUUGAAGGGCCGCGAUAACGAUGACUGCCAAAACUAUGUGCGAGUAUUUGGCAGGCAGGGUCCCGAUCGCUUCCUCGUUUGCGGCACAAAUGCUUACAAGCCGCUCUGCAGACAAUAUACGAUCAAGGAUGGAGCGUAUGUGCAGAAAAGUGAUAUGGAUGGUUUGGGUCUCUGUCCUUAUGAUCCACGUCAUAAUAGUACAGCAGUUUUUGCCGAGGGACAGCUGUACGCUGCGACGGUGGCCGACUUCUCUGGCGGUGAACCACUGAUUCACAGGGAGAAAAUUCGUACUGAACGUUCGGAUCUGAAUCAGUUGAACGGUCCCAAUUUUGUCAGCUCAUUCGCAUAUCAAGAUUAUGUGUUUUUCUUCUAUCGCGAAACAGCUGUCGAAUACAUGAAUUGUGGAAAGGCAGUAUACUCGCGCGUUGGCAGAGUCUGUCAGCACGACAAGGGCGGGCCACACGCAUUUAACGACAGAUGGACAAGUUUCUUGAAAGCGCGACUCAACUGUUCGGUACCGGGAGAAUACCCCUUCUAUUUCAAUGAAAUACAAUCAACAAGCGAUGUUACGGACGGUCGAUACGCACGAGAAUCAGCACGCUUGGUGUACGGGGUUUUCACAACUCCCGUGAACUCCAUUGGGGGCUCAGCAAUCUGCGCUUUCUCUAUGAACAAUAUUCUCGAGGUCUUCCAGGGUGCUUUCAAGGAACAGGAAACUAUAAACAGCAAUUGGUUACGAGUUCCACCAGAAAGGGUACCCGAACCGCGGCCCGGCGCCUGCGUUAACGAUUCCAGAACACUUCCGGAUAUUACUGUUAAUUUUGUUAAAGCUCAUCCUCUCAUGGACGACGCGGUGCAAUCCUAUUUCGCACUACCUGUGAUAACUAAAAUCAGUUUUAAUUACAGAUUUACCAAAGUCGCCGUAGAUCCUCAAGUAAAAGCAUUGGACGGUAAAGCUUACGACAUACUCUACAUUGGAACAGAUGAUGGCCGUGUUCUAAAGGCGCUCAACACACGUGCACCGGAAACCCGUAAUAAUGUCGGUCAAGUUAUUGUUAGCGAUGUUCAAGUAUUGAAAUUUGGUCAAGCAGUCAAAGACCUCCUAGUGGUUCAUCUAGCCGGCGAAGCGAGCAAACUGGUGGUAUUUGCGGAUUCUGAGAUUCGUGCGGUCCCGUUGCAUCAUUGCGACUCGCCAGCUGUAGCUACUUGCAAGUCCUGCGUCGCUUUACAAGAUCCUCAUUGCGCCUGGGACGCAACCGCGAACCUCUGUGUGGCCGUGCUAACUAAGCUACACGACAGCGACGCUGACAAAACCUUGUUUCAAGAUAUUUCAACCGGAAGACAUAGAAACUGCGGAUACGAACAAGAAAUGACGAAGCCCGUGCAACCAGCAGUGGCGCCCGAAAUUGGGCGUGACGAGCAACCCGAUGAACGGGACAAUGAAAUUGUCAUCGAGUUGGAUCGGGAAAAUCAGUACGGCCGUACGCAGCCAAGGGCUAACGAGCCUCAAGGUGUGACCGUGACACCAGUAGUCUAUUCAGCUCAGACAUUAACAGGUGCUUUGAUAGGCACUUGCUUCUGCUCCCUAGUGGCUGGUUUCGCUUUUGGUUUCUGGUUUUCCCAAAGAUUGCGUGGAACGCCAUAUCCAGAGCCUUCCGAGCAACGGCAACAGCUAAACCGACUGACGGAGAGCUCGGAAUCACCUGGAUUCAACAACAAGUCCAUCAAUUUGGUGCUAAACGUACCACCUAAGAAUCCAAAUGGCAAGAAUGCCAAUUCGUCCGCGGAGAACAAACCAGUACAGAAAGACCCUACGGGUUCUGGCGCAUCUUCCUCCUCCUCUUCCUCCGAUCUCGCGGAGUCAGAUGAGCGCAACGACGAGGACGACGGUGACGACGACGAGGACGAUGAUGGAACGACGCCAACGAGUCUUACUACCGGCAUCACCACGGAUCACACAAGUAAUACGCAUAAACGCGACGAGGAUCAUUAUGAGAGCGUUGUGAACGACGAAAUUUGCGCUCUCGAAUACUUUGGCUCCUACGACGUGCAGCAGCAAUUUGCUGCAGUACCGAGAUGCGAUCGGUAUCUUCGGUCCGAGUGCGUCGAAACCGCACUGAUGAAUGAACCGACGACACGCGAACUUGGAGAUUCCGGCAGCAGCGACAGUGCCAAUAGUCUCGACGAUCUUUGUGGACAUCGCCUCGCUGCUCGCACCAUCGACGACGACGAGGACGACGGCGACAGUCGGUUUGACCGACAUGAGACGACGGGAAACGCGCGAGAUCACUACAUGGUACCUACACGGGAUCCGCGUGAGCUCAACGAACGGAUCCUGUCGCUCUUUAAUCCACAAUUCUUGCCGAACUUUAACGACAUGAUUACGUACGUGGCCACACCCAUAAAUAGCUCGCCACCGUCCCGGUCUCAGUCUAUAGUCCAUCGCAGCGUGGAUGAUGGUCUUCUAAUUAAGAAUACGAAUUAUCAUAAACGCGGCGGCACGAACUCCAUGUGCUUUCGACGUGGACUGACAUACGAGGCGCAACGGAAGUGAUAGUAUCUCUCGACUUUAUAUCGCAUCGCAUCGUAUCGUAUUGCAUCGCAUCGCAUCGCCAGCGUAUUUUAUGAAAGCGGAAGUCCACUCUUACUAUUUACGGUUUGGUCGCAAGGAACGUCGGUAAUUUUGUGCGCUUAAGAAGUAGCAGUGUUGGUACUUGAGAAAUAAUUGUACGUAUCUCUUAUCUGUGACACAAUCUUGAAGAUAAAAUACGGUCGUAGAUAUUGUAUUACAUGCUGCGAGACCUUUCUUCUCUCUUUAUGUUAAUUUCAUAAUAAAUAUACGGCGAGAAGAUGUGUUGAAAAGAACACAUUGUAAAACACAUAUCUCGCACAUCAUAUUCUAAAUUGUCAAAGGGGCAAAAAAGAAGUUAGUUAAUUGUGACAUGACAGGCCAAGAAUCCUUCUUUUUCUUUAGAAUAUCUUCAAACUUUCCCGAGUAUGUCCAUCGCGCGCCCAUCGUUACACUCACGAACGGUCAUCGUGGAAUUAUUCUUGUAUAAAAUUCGAUCUUUUGAGGUUCUCUUUUUAUUAAUUUGUCGAGGAUAAUAUAAUUGUGAUAACAAUAUAAAAUCAAAUGUGAGAAAAACAUGUAUGCCGACAACGACGACGACGAUGACGACUACGACACAACGACGACAAUGACGACAACGACAACAACAACGACACGACGCACAACGUUAAUAACAACAACGAUGGUGACUAUGACAAGAAGGCUGAAGAAUCGAAUCGUAGUAAUGUGAUAUCUUGUGAGGACUGUGUUCGUAGCAGUGACUUGUUAUGUGCUUAGACUGAUGCAAAAUAAAAUGAAACACAGUGUAGAGACAUUUAAGCAUUCGCACGAGAAACGAGGCGUGCCUUUCGUGUAUUAAUUGUUGGAAGAUUUUGAUCUAUAACAGGAAUGGAAUAUUACUAUGGCCGGUACAGAUUCGGGCAAGUGCCUCAUUCAUGCGUUUUGUUUAAGAUAUCCGAUAACACGGAGCAAAGAAUAGAGAGAGAUUUAAGUAAGACUAAUUCGUGUAUCGUUGUGCACUUAUUAUCGUGCUGUGAGUAUUGGUAAUGAUGGAAAUAACAGACGAGAACACGAUUUGAUAACUCUCCUCGCGUGAGAUUAUAAUGGUAACCAUAUACAAUUUCUUCGAGGAAUGUACGUAAAGUUUAAUCGAACAUUUUAGGAACAUUUUGUAUACUUAAACAGCGUUUCUUUGCGUCUCAUUAUCUUGCGAUAAAUUUUACAUAGUGACAUCUAAGUAAAAGGUACAACAAAGUAUAAAAAAUGUAUUUGUUGUAACUUUCGAAGUAUCGCUCGACAGAAAUUACUUUAUUUCGUCGUAGUGAUGCUUAAAAUUAAUUUCUAAUUAGUUAAGCUUGUUAUAUACAUUUAAUGCGCAACGUUUUCUUUCUUCUUUUUUCUUUUCGUUUUUUAUUUUUUACGCGUCUUUGGUACAGCGAAACUUUUUCCACGUAGACACUCUACCAGAGGGAACUAAAAUAAACAAGAUUUUAAGGAAGUAUUUUCGUUUAGAGCUAAAAAAUGGCCUGUCUUGAAAUCUUCUUAAAGAAAGUUAUUAUAGAUAUACAUAAAUCUUACGUACUUAUUUUGUUCAUGUUUAUAGGAUUUUUGUAGAUUUUUUAUGUGUGUAUAUCAAAAUAUAAAAACUUUCUAAAAAUAUAACACUUUCAAAAAAAAAAAAAAA